UCUGUGCAGAACCCCACGGAACUUUGCGCAAACAGAACAACACGGAAGCAAGUUAUUGACAUUCAAGAAUGGUGUUCGGUCUGAGUUUACACUGCAUGAUUAAACCCAAAGCAACGUAUCACUGCUAAAACUGGAGAAUCAACUAAAGUACCAUUUGCGUUUUUAAUUGACAUUUGAAAGAUUUUACAAAAAAUAAAAACGAAAACGGGUUCCGAGUUAAGAAAAGUGGACAAGUGAAACUGCGUCACCAGUACUCGAGUGGUAAUCAUUUAAAGUAUUUGGCUUCAGUUGUAAUUUACUGAAUAGGCAACAGAAUGACGUUGGCAACUGUAACUUUUGUUUUUUAUCUUCUGGUAAUGUACGCCGAGAGCUGGAACGAUGGAGGGAGUGUUUUGCUUCGAGAGAUCCAAGUCAUCACUCUGUAUAAAGGACGACAUACAAAUUCCAGACGGACCAGUCCUGUUCCACAGCUGAAGUGCACUGGGGGAUCGGCUGGAUGCCUGACUUUUGUUCCAGAAGUAGUGCAAUGCCAGAAUAAAGGCUGGGAUGGCUUUGAUGUGCAGUGGGAAUGUAAGACUGACAUGGAUACUGCUUACAGAUUUGGAACCAUUGAAGUUAGUUGUGAGGGAUAUAACUAUCCAGAUGACCCAUAUGUUCUAAAGGGAUCAUGUGGAAUGGAGUACACACUUGAACUAACUGAGCAUGGCAAGCAACACAGGAAAAGUUCCUAUGGCAGUGGGGGCUUUAGUUCAGGUUUCUUUCAGGGGUCGCCAAACAACAUCAAUUCCCAGACACCUAGUGAUGCAAGUGCCUUAAUUAUCAUUGCCAUAUUACUGCUCUUCGCUUAUGGUGUGUAUAAAAUGUUUUUAUGUGGGCCACUACGAGGACAACAACGCUUUCCUAAUGAUGACUAUCCGAACACCCACACACAUGACUACCAAAGUGGACCUCAUACAAUGGGUCCUCCACCUCCUGGAUUCAAACCAGAUUACAUGGGCAACACAGGCUACACAAGUAAUGCAGGCUAUACAGGUGCCUCAGCUGGAUUUGAAAGCACCGGUAAUGAAUAUGGUUUUGCCAACAACUUUGCAAGACCUCACAAUAAUGCUAAUUCCAGACCCGGAUUUUGGACAGGGAUGGGUACAGGUGGUGUGUUAGGAUAUAUGUUUGGAAGUCAACGAUCCCAGACAAAUACUGGUACAAGGAAUACAUGGAAUUCAAUAAAUGUCCCCACUAAACCAGCGGAAAACACAGGGACAAAGACAGCUUCAGGUUUUGGAGGAACCACAAGAAGGUAAAACAGAAGAUAAGAAAAUACACAUCAUUUUCUGAACAUGCAAAAUAAAUACUGCCUCUCAGCAAAAGUAAAGGUUUUAUGGUUUGGUAUUGCUUUCAAUAUCUGUAUUUUCCAGAGCUACUAUUCACAGCUGUAGCUCUUCACACUGGCGUGAUUUUUUAAUAGUUCAAAGGCUUUACUAAAUGUACUCACUUUCAUAAUUUACCCUAGGAUUCAAAUUUGUUUAUGGUGCCAUUAUCCUAAAAGCAGCUUUUAACAACUGCCAAAAAAUGUGCAAUUAAUUGUUUGUUGUUAACACUGCUUAACUGAGACAGUACAUACCAGGUCUUUUUUUUAUUAUAGUUGUUUGUUGUUAUGUUUUCAAAGCUACUAAAAGUAAAUCAAAUGUAAUCUCUAUAUAAAGUUUACUGAUGUGCAGUUUUGUAUAGAUCUAUCAUACCAAAACUGUUAAGAGUGGUUGUGCAGUUUUGAGUUCACUUUUCUAGGCCUGAGUACAGACCUGCAGUUCCCAAAAACAGGUAUUUUAUUAUUUUUUUUGUUUUGUUUUUCUGUUUUCUGGAUUUUAUUUUUAUCUUGAUGCAGAUAAUAAAACACCACACACUCUGAUGCACUUGUGGGGUUCCUUUACCUGUCAUACUUAUAUGAAAACAUAUUCAAAAAAUAAAUAAAUAAAAUAACUCAAUAUUAAUUUGUUUUUGUUAUGCAAAUAAGUUUCCAAAUGUAUUAAGAUAUUCAGUAUGAGUUACAAGCUUAGUUUUAGUUUUUUAUUUUAUUUUACUUCAUUGUACCAUUGCACACUGAAUCAUUACAAAUGUACUUGGCAGACUGUACUAUGAAAACAAAAUGGACCAUUCAGACUUUUAGCUGUUUUAAUAUUUCUUAGAUGUGCUUUCCUUUUAAAUUGAAAACUUUGCAGUGCUUAAAUGUGAUAAAGCUAUUGUGCUUACACUGGAUGUUUGGUAGGAUUUAAUUCAAAUGUACGUCGUUGACAUUUUAGGGUGCAUGUCUUUCCAAAAGAUGUGUUGUGGUGUUCUGUGUAAAUAGACCAAUUAUAGCUACACUUAAGCCACUUUAAAAUCGGAACUGAAAAUAAAAUGGCUUCAGAAUGAAGCCUACAUUAUCAUUGAAAAAGCCCUGGUGACAAAAUCCCAACAAAGGUUAAAAAAGAUCUAGUAGAGAGUAUUGUGUGGAGAAUUUAUUAAAGUAAUAACAAAAUAAUUAAAUUACCUUUAUUAUGUACCGUUAUGUAAUGGUCAUGUAAUCUCCACUGAGACAUCAAGUCCACCAGGUAAACCUAGAAGUGGCCACUAUUAGUACUUUUUCAGGCUCUGAGCAUUCAUUGGAAUUAACUAUGCCUUUUCAGGAGAGUUGAAUGCACUGUCAGUCAAUUUCCAUGAAGUUACCUGAAGUAACUGAAUUUAUUUGAAUGAUAAUCAUGUUGGUAAACAGAAUGUAAUAGAAUGCCGAACAGAGAAUCAGUGGAGCAAAUUCCAAUCAAAAUCCACUUUUGAAAUGUUCGAGAAUAAUAUUAUACAAGUUUAUCGCCUUAAUAUGUUGAGGAUAUUUUGUUUUCUGGAUAUUUCUUUUGCACUCUUUUUUUCAAAUGCAAAGAUUGAUAUACAAAUAAAUUAACUUUGUUUCAGUCA